CCUGAAUCCACUCCCAAUUUUUAUUUAAUAACUUCAUUCCCCUCUUCCAUUCAAAUCCAUUCACAAACAACAUUUUCUUGAUCCCAUUAAUCCCAAAAAUAAAAAUCAAAAUAAAAUGAAUAAAAAUUCAGAAAUGCAUCCACUCCCCCCACCCCCAGCUUACAGACCACCCCCUCUUAACCAAACAGUCUUGUCCAAACAAGGCAAGCUCAGACAAAGAGACCACCCGAUUCUCCGGCAACCUCGAAGAACGAAUCCCAUCGUUUGGUUCUGCGCAAUCCUAUGUUUGCUAUUCAGUCUCCUCCUAAUCUUCUUCGGUAUAACAACACUAAUCAUCUUCGUCCACAUCAAACCUAGAAACCCCGUUUUCGACACCUCGGCGGCGAACCUAAACGUCAUCUACUUCGACUCACCGGAGUUCCUCAACGGAGAUCUAACGUUUCUUGCGAAUUUUUCGAACCCGAAUAAGAAAUUGAGUGUGAGAUUCGAGUACCUGUAUUUUGAGCUCUACUUUCGAGAAAGUCUGAUAGCGACUCAAGUUCUUCAGCCGUUCAAUCAGAGGCAUGGUCAAGUGAAGUUGAUUCCAGUUCAUCUGAUUUCCAGUUUGGUCUAUUUGCCGCCGGUUCUUGCACUCGAGCUUCAAAAGCAGGAGCAGAGGAACAGAGUUAUCUACAAUAUAAAAGGAACUUUUAAAGUGAAGGUAAACGCGGGUUUUGUUCGUUAUUCUUAUUUGUUGCAUGGGAAUUGUUUGAUAGAAAUGACGAGUCCACCUAACGGUGUUUUGAUUUCGCAUAGCUGCCGAACUAAGAGAUGAUGGACCGUUUUUUUUUUUUUUUUUAAUCUGUUGUUUUUGUCAUACAUGUAAGAUUUUUAAAUCACUUGAAUGGCAGUUUUUCAAGCACAAGAAACGGAUCGAAUGUAAAGAAUGUGACGGUGUUCUUUAUCCUAGGGCUUUAUAGUUUUGACAUACACAAACGAGCGUUUUUAAGGCUU